AUGGAGGCCAAAGGCACGAAGACGAGGAGCCAGACGAAGAGGGAGGCCGAAGAGAAGGAGAAGAUCGACGCCGCCGCUGCCCUCUUGAAGCUGCAGGAAGAGGACGCCCGCGCCCGCCAGGCACAACUGGAGCAACAAGAGCACGAUCGACGCGCCUUCGAGGCUGCCCAGGCCCGUCGCGGCGACAGCGUGAGCUCCCAGGCCACCAUCGACGACCCCAACGUGCCGGCGAGCUUCAGGGAGGGGCGGGCAGAGGGGGUGUACUGGUACGUUUCGAGCAUCACUCCAGCCGGAUCGCAGCAGGGAGUCGCUCCUCAGUAUCCUCCAGGAGAUGGUCUCGGCGGUGCUGGAUCUCGUGUCCCUCUCUUCUCUUCGCAAGGCGGCCCUCCAGUUCAUGGUGGAUAUGGAGGCACUUAUCAUCCUUCUGGAUCCGGCAACAAUCGUUCAUUCCCCCCCGGCCUUGCUGACUUCGCCAAUCCCGCGAUACCAAUCGGUGGUGUCAUCCAAUGUGGCAAUCUUACUGUCCAACGUCACCGACGAUGUACCUGGAGUCCGCACGACAACACGGUGCCGUAUGCUCACAUCCUGGAUGGCUCGGACGUCCGCUGCACCACCGUCACGUCGCGCAAUAUCCCGAACCCAAGACGGCAGGCCUCUCUCCCCGGGGCCUUUCAGAUCCGCAAGCAACGUCUCGGUGGUGGAAGAACACGGAAUCGCCUGUCCUGCGAACGUAACGUCUUGCAUCCAACAUUGCAUCGGCUCUUUCUCUCAAAAUCUGUGCUGCAAGGCUCCAAGCGACGCAUGCAUUGCGAGUCUUUGAGCAGCAUCUACGUCUGGCAUGGCAAUACGCUCCACGUACGCAAAGGUGAACUGCAUCUCAAGAGCGACGAGGCCAUGUAUGUCGCGGAUUCCCUCCUCAACUCCGAAUCCAACUUUGAUUUACAAGCUGUGGGUGUCUUCAAGUGGCUGGAGAAGCGGGAGGGAGUCUUUCGGUCGACUAAUUAA